GCUCUACGUCAGAUCGAUCAAUCAUUGCGCGACUUUCAUGUUAGAAAAUGCGAAGCGAGGGAAGCUCCAAAUGCCCCUCCACUUAUGUACCUACCUAUCCUGCGAACCGAGUUCAAAUGGUAAAGCUCUACAUGUUCCUGCCUCCUCUUUUAUAACUCACCUACUUAUCCUGCACUUCGUCCCGGAUAAUUACAAGGUUAUGACUUCUCAUUGAAAAGCGCCUUGAUCGGAUUACGCCCUUCUCCCUUGCAUUCAUCAUCGAGUUCCCACAAUCCCGGCGCCGACGACUUUCACGACCCGGCAUAUACGCGUGGUCCACGAUGGUUGAUAUCUCAACGACACCGUAGCCAUGAUCGUCCGAACAGCUUCUAGGGCUACCGGCCCUCGCCAAAGCUGUCUGGGCUACAACAGACCUCACUUAGGUCCAUGGCUCUCUUUACCACCGCGCAAUGGCGCAUGUGCAUUCGCGACGUCCCCAUGGUCGCAACAAAGACCUCAGUCUAGCCCUCAUCAAGGCUUAAGUCCAACCCUGAAGAUAUUGUCGAAUACAGCCAGCUUUAGUUCCAAGGCCCCCAAUGCUCCGAAGCCGAAGAAGCCGCCAACCGAACACAAAGACCCCCUCGCCACGAUCGACAAGAGCGCACACGAGCAACGGAAGGCUGACUGGGCAAUCAUGAAAGAGAUGGCGCAUUACCUGUGGCCUAAGGAUAGUGUGAGCACUAAGUUGCGCGUCUCAUUAGCUGUCGUGCUUCUCGUCGGCGCAAAGGUGUUGAAUGUCCAGGUGCCGUUUUACUUCAAGAGCAUUGUUGAUGCCAUGAAUAUCGAUGUGGGGGCGACGGGUGGCACGGCUGCUAUGAUCGCGGGGAGCAUGAUAGUCGCAUACGGCGCGACAAGGAUAGGCGCUACCGUAUUUCAGGAACUUCGAAAUGCCGUCUUUGCUUCGGUCGCGCAGAAGGCCAUUCGGAGAGUUGCUUGCAAUGUCUUUGAUCACCUGUUGCGCCUGGAUUUGAAUUUCCAUCUCACCAAACAAACCGGCGGUCUGACAAGGGCGAUUGACAGAGGUACCAAGGGUAUUAGCUUCCUACUUACCAGCAUGGUCUUCCACAUCUUCCCGACAGCGCUGGAAAUUGGCAUGGUCUGUGGGAUCCUGACUUGGCAAUAUGGUGCGAAAUAUGCCGCCAUCACUGCCGUUACGAUGACGGCGUAUACCGCGUUUACUAUUUGGACCACGGCCUGGAGAACAAAGUUCCGAAGACAGGCCAACGCCGCCGACAACAAGGCUUCGACAGUAGCAGUCGAUUCUUUGAUUAAUUAUGAGGCUGUGAAGUAUUUCAAUAACGAAAAGUUUGAAGUUUCUCGAUACGAUAAGGCGUUGCACGAUUAUGAGAAGAGCUCUAUUAAAGUUCAAACAUCUUUAGCAUUCCUCAACAGUGGUCAGAAUAUCAUCUUUUCCAGCGCGCUCACAGGCAUGAUGUACCUCGCCGCCAGUGGUGUGGCAAAUGGCACAUUGACAGUUGGUGACUUGGUCAUGGUCAACCAGCUCGUCUUCCAACUCUCCGUCCCGUUGAAUUUCUUGGGCUCCGUAUACCGAGAGCUGAGACAAUCCCUUCUUGAUAUGGAGACGCUCUUCAACUUGCAGAAGGUGAAUGUCUCUAUUAAGGAACUCCCUGAUGCGAAACCGCUCCUUCUUGUCAAAGGCGGCGAGAUCAAGUUUGAGCACGUAAACUUCGGCUACAACAAGGAACGUCCUAUCCUUCGAGACCUAACCAUGACAAUCCCUGCAGGUAAGAAAGUCGCAAUCGUCGGGCCAAGCGGGUGUGGAAAGUCUACAUUAUUAAGACUUCUCUUCCGAUACUAUGACGUCGAGACUGGACGGAUUCUCAUUGACGACCAAGAUGUUCGCCAUGUUACGUUGGAGUCGCUGCGAAAGUCGAUUGGAGUUGUCCCACAAGACACGCCUCUCUUUAACGAUACCGUUGAACAUAACAUCAAGUAUGGUGACAUAUCAGCACCUGAAUCUCGAGUUAUUGCCGCCGCAAAACGUGCCCGCAUUCACGACAUAAUAUCAAGUUGGCCUUCUGGGUAUCAUACGAAAGUGGGCGAAAGAGGUAUGAUGAUCAGUGGUGGAGAGAAGCAGCGCCUUGCGGUGUCCAGGUUGCUGCUGAAGGACCCACCUCUAUUGUUCUUCGACGAGGCGACAAGCGCACUCGAUACCCACACAGAACAGGCUCUCAUGCAGAACAUUAACAGCAUCCUGCGAGAGAAGGCAAGAACGAGCGUUUUCGUAGCCCACCGAUUACGAACUAUAUACGAUGCCGAUCUGAUCAUCGUAUUGAAAGAGGGAAAAGUUGCUGAGCAGGGGACGCACAAAGAACUAAUUGACCGCGAUGGUCUUUACUCGGAACUCUGGAGUGCCCAAGAGACCUUGUUCAAUUCGGAUGGGCAAAAAGAAAGAGAAGUCGGUGAUUCUAAGAAUGGCGAAGCAAUCUCCAGCGACGCGCGACCUAGGACGUGAAGUUGACACCAUUCCGGCUUUAUCGCGAGGUAGCCACCUGCCGACCAUCUUGUCAACUCUGUACUAUAACUCUGUGCUUGUAUAUAAGUCUCGCGAGGUGAUAGGGGUACGCUAAGGACAUAAUUUACCAUGGCAGGUAGAUUAGUGGACAAACUGUUGAGAUCGAAUGCAAUCUCGCGCCGCAUCUGCUUAGUAGGAAUGCUCGAAUAAAAGUUGAAUCCAAUGUGAGACCUGAGGCUGAUAAUAAACUUAUACAAUGAUGGCAUGACCACUAGAAUUGUAAGCAUAAACCUAUAU